AUGCCAUUCCACAUCCCUCACCACCAGCACCACCUCUCCGACCCUCAGUUCACCCACGACAACUACUACAGCGCUGUCAAUGCCAUAUACUCUGCCGGCCAGACUUUGAGCUCUGUCGGCGCCCCAAACCCUCAGUACUUGGACAACCACCCCAAUCCGCCCACCACGGCUCCCGAAUCCAGAUCCUACCUACCUCAAUCCCAGCCAAACACCAAUGGCAACGGUACCGUGAUCCCAUAUCGUCCUGGUCCUCCUCCCUCGGCGUACGCAAAUGCGCAAGAGGCCCAGCCUGGCCAAUACCAGCCGGGUCUGAGGCGCUCUCUUACAAUCGGUCGCCAACAGGCCGACGAGUUGCAUUUGAAUCAGCAGGGAACGGCCAUGAGCGACGUCCACCACUAUGGUGCACCGCCGGCCUACACAGGGGAAGCACUGUCCAUCAAGAUCGAACCCUCUACACCUCAGCAUCCUAACAGUGUCGCCAGUCAGCCGGUUCCGGGUACGCUGCAACCGGGUCUUGCAAGCAGACCUGCGACUCUAGCAGCCAGCAACACCGCUGCGACAAUCCCUACUCUACCGCAGAUAUCGACCCAGAUGCAACAGCAGCAACAACAACAACAGCAGCAGCAGCAGCAGCAGGGGCAGCAGCAACCUCCUCUUUCCGCAAGACCAACGACUCUGAAUCAUACCCACUCCUACUCUCGGUCCAGUCCAGGCGCCAUGGACCAGCCAAAAUACAAGCCUUUCUCAGAUACUCCGGAUCAGGGCAAGUAUCCAACCGCCCCGAGUUCAUACGUGCCCCAGACGCCUCAAGGACCUCCGUCAUAUUCACCUCUCGGUCUAGCGGACAUCAGACCGAGAACAGACCCGACGUUCACGGAUAUGCCCUUCAGUCCUGGUGUGGCGCAGGAGAACGACAUUGUACAAUAUCCUCAAAAUAGCAAUUAUAUUGCGCCUUGGCCCAUAUACGCGGUUGAUUGGUGCAAGUGGCCUCCUCGGUCGAGCAGCGGUUCGACGGGCAAAGUGGCUAUUGGAAGUUAUCUGGAGGAUAACCACAAUUAUAUUCAAAUACUGGAUACCCAAAGAUCGCAAAUAGACCCAGACAACCCCCACGGUGAACGAGGUUUGGAGUUUCUCAAAACCGCAGAAGCUACACAUGCAUAUCCCGUGACAAGGAUAUUAUGGGAACCGCCUUCGUCGAAUAAGCAGACAACAGACCUAUUAGCAACGUCUGGCGACCACCUUCGACUGUGGUCCCUCCCAAAUGACCAACAUUCAUAUCAAUCGAACUCCAUCACGCGGUCAGCCACCAAUAAAACACCUCCGUUACAGAAGCUGGCACCACUUGCAUUGCUUUCGAAUUCGAAAUCCCCCGAACACACCGCCCCCAUCACGUCGCUGGACUGGAAUGUGGUCCAGCCAUCCUUGAUUAUCACAUCGUCAAUCGACACCACCUGCACCAUCUGGGACAUCCCCACACUCACGGCCAAGACGCAGCUAAUCGCACACGACAAGGAAGUGUACGAUGUGCGGUUUUGCGCGAAUAGCGUUGACGUGUUUGUCUCGUGUGGCGCGGACGGAAGCGUGAGGAUGUUCGAUCUGAGAAGUCUCGAACACAGCACCAUUAUAUAUGAGCCGUCAGAGAAGCAGCAGCAGCAAGAGAAAAAUUCACAACUUGCCGAUCCUCUUUCCAGUUCACCGACACGCGCAUCAGGUUCAGGUGGCGUUUCAACCCUCCCUUUUCCACCUCCGUUGCUCCGCAUUGCGGCCUCUCCCCAUGACGCCCACUUGCUCGCCACAUUUAGCCAAGACUCGAAUAUCAUUCGUGUUUUGGACGUUCGACAGCCCGGCCAGGCCUUACUUGAACUGAAAGGGCACGGUGCCGCCGUCAACUGCAUCGAUUGGAGCAAUUCGCAGCGUGGCGUACUGGCUUCUGGUGCAGAUGAUUGCUGUGUGUUGCUCUGGGAUCUCAUGGGCUCGAGUGCCUCAACCGGACAGAACAGUGUGCCGGGUGGCAUUACGAACAACAGCAGCGGAGGACAGGGACAAGAAAGGGGGCCGUCAGCAGUCUGGGAUUCCAAGUUUGAAGUGAGCAAUUUGAGUUGGGCUCCGACGGCGGGCACGCUAGGGGUUUGUGGCGGUAGAGGUUUUUGGGGCGUGCAGUUAUGA